AUGAGCGCGGCCUUGAAGGCGCUGGAGAGCGCGUCCCGCCGAGAGCUGCAGGCGCUGGCCAAGGAGCUGCAGCUGUGCCGCGGCAACGCCAAGUCGGACGUGAUCGUGAGCCACGCCAUGCAGUUCCUGGACGACCACCCCAAGGACGGCGAGCAGAGGGUGCUGGGCGCGCUGGGCGGCAGCGGCAACUCGUCCCCGGUGGCGUCGCCCGUGGCUAAGAAGGAGUCUACGCCCAAGAAGGAGACGCCCAAGAAGGAGGCCCACGAGAAGACGGCUAGCGUCGAGGUGGUGGUGGAUACAUCGGCCCAGAGCGCCAAGCAGCAGCCGGAGGACGAGCCCACGAUCACCGUCAAGAGCGUGGAGGUCGUGGAGACGAAGUCCGCCACGGAGAAGAAGAAGACGCCCACGAAGAAAAACUCCGGCGCGGAGACUGCGGAGGACGCCAAGAAGACGGCGCCCAAGAACAAGAAGAAGGCGAAGCAAACACCGCCGCCCGUGUCCACCGCCAAGUCCACGCCCACUACUGCUUCGCCUGCAAAAAACCCGAAGGCCAGCGCGAAGGCCUCGCCGUCGACUAAGAAGUCGCCAACAAGCAAAAAGUCUCCCACCAGCAAAUCCCAACCGGCUGCUGCUGAUGAGAAGAAGGAAGAGGUCGCUGCCACCAAGAAGAAGGAAUCUCCGACCAACAAGAAGACGGCUCCAGUGAGCAAGAAGGCGGAAGUCAAGGCGCGCAAGGCGGUGGAGGCGCUCGUCAAGUCGGUGCCCGACCUAACGUUUGUGGGCGAUGCGCGCGUGCGCUGCUCCACGACGGGCCACGAGAUGUUGGCGGACGUGGACGUCAUCAAGACGUACAUCACCGGCAAGCGCUACCAGAAGGCGCGCAACCUCAAGCUCUCCUUUGCUAAGUACGCGCCCAUGUUCGUGGAUUACCCCGACGAGUCCAAGGUGGAUAUGCUGUGGUGUAAUGUGACCGAGUCGGCCAUCGCUCGCGACGAGAAGCGCGUCAAGGACCACAUCGCCGCCCCCAAGUACCAGAAGCAGCUCCCCAUUUGGAAGGAGCAGGAGGCCGCCAAAAAGAAGGCAGAGGAAGAGGAGGCACAGCGUCGGGCAGCGCGCAUUGCCGCGGCCAAGAAGCGGAGGCUCGAGGCUGCCAACGAGAGCGGGGCCGACGCAGCCGAGAGCGAGCGGCCGACCAAGCGGAAGCGCACCGCUGCCACCGCCGCUGUAAGUAAGUAG